CGACAAUAAUAGAACUUGAGAUGUUUGAAGGACCUUCAUCUCUGAAAUUCUAUCAAAGAAAUACUACCUUUAUACCUAUUAUCUAUUCUAUUUCAUUUCAUCACACAUUCAGGAUAUCUGUUCAACAUUCUUUGACUAUCUGUAAACUUGCAUGCUCAUUACCAUCUAUUUCUUCAGAAUUCAACCUUUUAAUAUUAACAGACUGA